GUAACAAACUCCCCAUCUGCAUGCAUUUUGGGGAACUCAAGCUAUGAAAUAGCUGCACAAUCUUAAAAACCAACAAGAAAGGAAUCCCUGAAGGACUUCUGAGAGACAAUGAAAACUGUCCGAUUGGCAGUUGUUAUUUUCCUUUGCAAGGUGUUUGUAUGUGGAUUUGCGGAGGAGUCUUCAUGUACACCAGGCUUUGAGUCGGAGUUGCUGGUUUUUAAAGUGCACAGAGAUGACCUUCACCAAGGAAAAAGACUAGGAAGAGUAAUUUUUAAUGCAUGCGAUGGAAGAACAAGAACGCUCUUCCAGUCCGCUGACAGGUGUUUUGAUGUGGACACGGAUGGGACUGUAACACUGAAGAGACAAGUGACUCUUCAUGAAGGCCACAAGGUGUUUUCUGUGGACGCUUGGGACUCCAGUGGAAAGAAGCACACGGUCUCUGUCAGAGUUGAGCGAGUCCAUCAUCAUCAUGAGGACCAUCACAUGAACACGGUCAUGAACAUCUCCUCUCCACAGAUGGAAUCUCCCUCUGACGAUCUGGUUCUGAUGUUUCCAAAGCCUUCAACGGGUCUGAAGAGAGCAAAGAGAGGUUGGGUUAUUCCUCCAUUCAAUGUACCUGAGAAUAGCAGAGGUCCUUUCCCAGAGAAACUGGUCCAGAUAAAGUCGGACUAUUCUAAGGAAGUUACGAUGCAAUACAAGAUCACAGGUGAAGGAGCGGAUCUGGAUCCUAAGGGGACUUUCACUAUAGACAGAUUAACAGGGAAUCUGUUUGUGACUCGCCCACUCGACAGAGAAAAAAAAGCUUCAUACAGACUUAUGGCUUAUGCUUCUGGAGUUGAUGUGAAUAUCAGGGAAAGUCCAAUGGAAAUUAUUGUAAAUGUGCUGGACCAAAAUGAUAAUAAGCCUGUUUUUACACAAAAUCCAUUCAAUGGAAAUGUUUCUGAAGCUUCUGUUAUAGGUCAUGAGUUUAUGACAGUCACAGCCACUGAUGCAGAUGAUCCAGACACUUACAAUGGUAUAGUCAGUUACGCAAUCGUCAAGCAAGAUCCGGAAUUGCCAAAACCAGAUCUGUUUAUAAUCAACUCUGUUACCGGAGGAAUUCGUGUGAAUGCUUUAGGCUUCGACAAAGAGAAAUGGUCCAGAUAUACUGUGUUAAUUACGGCGACUGACCUGGAAGGAAGAGGUUAUGGAUCCACCGGCACAGCUGUUAUUACUGUGACUGACAGCAAUGAUAACGCACCUCAAGCAAAGAGAGGUUGGGUUAUUCCUCCAUUUAAUAUAGUUGAGAAUAGCAGAGGUCCUUUCCCAGAGAAAAUGCACCAGAUAAGGUCGGACUUUUCUAAGGAAGCUCAGAUGCAAUAUAGUAUCACAGGUGAAGGAGCGGAUCUGGAUCCUAAGGGGACUUUUACUAUAGACAGAUUAUCAGGGAAUCUGUUUGUGACUCGACCACUCGACAGAGAAAAAAAAGCUUCAUACAGACUUUUAGUUCGUGCGACUGCAGUUGGUGCGGAUAUAGUAGAAACUCCAAUGGAAAUUAUUUUAAGUGUGAUGGACCAAAAUGAUAAUAAGCCUGUUUUUACACAAUCUCCAUUCAUUGGAAAUGUUCCUGAAGCUUCUGUUAUAGGUCAUGAGUUUAUGACAGUCACAGCCACUGAUGCAGAUGAUCCAGACACUUAUAAUGGUGUUGUCAGUUACGCAAUCGUCAAGCAAGAUCCAGAAUUGCCAAAACCAGACCUGUUUAUAAUCAACCCUGUUACCGGAGGAAUUCGUGUGAAUGCUUUAGGCUUGGACAAAGAGACAUGGCCCACUUACACUUUGUUAAUUACGGCGACGGACCAUGAAGGAAGAGGUUUUUCAUCCACCGGCACAGCUGUUAUUACUGUGACUGUCAGCAAUGAUACGGCACCAGACAUUGGAAAAUCAAAGAAGAUAACGUAUAAAGUUGGCAGUGAUCCUGCCGGCUGGCUGAGUGUACAUCAAGACACUGUAACGAUUAAAGUCAAGAGACCCACGGAUAGAGAAUCUCCCUUUGUCAAAGAUGGCAAAUACACAGCUAUCCUUUUGACCGUGGAUGAUGGUACACCUCCAGCAACGGCUACAGGAACCCUGGUCAUUGACUUGGAGGAUUUGGGUUUUCAUUCUGUCUGCAAAGAUUCAUCCAUCGGCCCGAUCGGUUAAAUGUGUGAACAGGGCCUUACGUCUUAAUAGUUCAUUAAUCAUUUACAUCUUACUUUUCACAUUUGCUAAACAUAAAAAUUUUACUUUCAUUACAUCUACGUCAUGUUAACAUUGCUGUAUUCAUUGUUAUAUAAAUGAGAAUG